UUGCUGUGGCCGUAGAUAAGAGGAUUAGAGUGGAAUUAGUGUCAUUCCUCCCAUCGCCACGAGGAAUAGAUUUAUAUCGAUUUUAAUCAGCGAUAGAGAGAUCCGACACAAACCCGAGACCACCAGACCGAGGCGGACUGCGAGAGCGAGAGGAGGCGUGAAAGACCCCCGCAGAGGAUUCCUGAACACCAUCGCAGCCGGGAUGUUUGUCUACAGACGGAGGAGCGGCACAAACACCUGCUUCAGAGACACAUGCAUGUAGGAACAUAUGCAUAUGUAGGCAUGUACACAUGCAUUUAAGAGAACAGCUCUCUGAUGUGGUUUUCUUCGUUCUGGGUCUCUCUGGUUGACGAACCUUCCAGCUGCUGUGGGAUGUCAGACCCGGACCAGCAGCACUAGUCUGCGGCAGGGGUGUGGACGCUGGAGCUGGCGGGCGAUGCUGGCGUCGUGUCAGCUGUGGCGGGGGAGCCUGUGAAACAUGAAGGCCGAUGUGCUGACUUGCCUGGCCCUGGCCGCCGCCGCCAGCCUCGUCGCCGUGGUGGCCGGUGGUCGCAGCUCCGGACGCAGGCGGCACAAGGAGGUCUUUCUCGGGGAGAAGAGCAAGUUCCAGUUUGGAGGACGUAUUGACUACAAGCUGAAAAGACAGGACAGCACCAAAACACUGCUGAUAAAAAGUGAACAGCUGCUGAGAAUCAAGGAGCACGACUUUGCUAUGAGACCAGGCUUCGGAGCUGCAGCCAUCCCUGUGGGCAUCGAUGUGCAGGUAGAGAGCAUCGACAGCAUCUCAGAGGUCAACAUGGACUUCACCAUGACUCUGUACCUGCGUCACUACUGGAAAGACGAGCGGCUGGCGUUUCCGUCCCGAAACAACCUGAGCAGGACGUUUGACUCGAGGCUCGUGAAGAAGAUCUGGGUUCCUGACGUCUUCUUCGUCCACUCCAAGCGCUCCUUCAUCCACGACACCACCAUGGAGAACAUCAUGUUGCGUGUUUACCCCGAUGGAAAGAUCCUGUACAGCGUCAGGGUCACGGUGACGGCUCUCUGCUCCAUGGACUUCAGCAGCUUUCCUCUGGACACACAGAACUGCUCACUGGAGCUAGAGAGCUAUGCCUAUAAUGAGAACGACCUGAUGCUUUACUGGAAGAACGGGAACGACUCUCUGAGGACGGAUGAGAUCGUCUUGUCUCAGUUCUUCAUUGAGCAUUUCCACGCCUCUAGUGGCCUGGCUUUCUACAGCAGCACCGGUUGGUACAACCGUCUGUUCAUUAACUUCAUCCUGCGGAGACACAUCUUCUUCUUCAUGCUGCAGACGUACUUCCCCACCAUGCUGAUGGUUGUCCUGUCCUGGGUCUCUUUCUGGAUCGACCGGAGGGCCGUCCCUGCCCGGGUCUCUCUGGGUAUGACCACGGUGCUGACGAUGUCCACCAUCAUCACCGGAGUGUCCUCCUCUAUGCCUCAGGUAACAUCUGUUUGUAAGGGUUCAUGAGGUCUUCAGG